AUGAGCCUGACCGCCCGCCGGGCCUCCCGCCGCGCGGCCGCGGCGCCACCCCUGAGUCACAGCCGUCGGGCCCACGCCGUCCGGAAGCUGCCCGGACGCCACCAGGGGGCAGUGGACUCCGACCCACAGGUCGCCCGCUUUGAGUCAACCCCUGGCAGGAAAAGUCCAAGCUGUCCCCGCCGGCAGGCCCUGGAGGCACAGCGGUGCGGUCAGGAAGCUUACACUUCCACAGACCCAGGCACCGUGUGCGUGCCCGCCGCCGUGGUCCUGCAUCCACAGCGCUGUCUGGGCAGGGCAGUGCACCCGCCCCGCGUCUUCUCCUGUGCAGCCAUGCUGGGCCAUACUGACCCGUGGUCUGGCCUGCACGGCAGGCGGCUCAGCCGUUGUGGAGAGCAUCGGGAGAAGGGUCAGGCCAGACUCUGGGGCCAGGCCUCGCUUCAUCUCCUGUCUAUCUGCGUUUUCUGA